AAACAUGGUUUUCAUAAUGAGACUAAGCUUGCUAGGCCUUUUACUCAUCUAUGCGGCACAGUGCUCUGCUAGGAACACACCCAAAGAUAUCCAAAAUGUUGAGUUCGAAAUAGAGGAUUAUGGUAAACCAGAGCCAAAUCCAAGGCAUGAUCCACACCCCCCUCCUUCUCGUCCACCUCUCGAUACCCAAAAUAUUGAGUUCGAAAUAGACGAUUAUGAUAAACCAGAACCAAAUCCAAGGCAUGACCCACAACUUCCUCCUUUUGGUCCACCUCCCGUGAAAUCGAAGAUGCAAUGAAGGUGCUUCCUCAGAAUCUUCAAAUGUUCAUUGAGUUCAAUCAUUUUUUGUUUUAUGAAUAAAUUCAAUGAUUUUCAAUGUAUUUUAUAGAUAUGGAUAUUCUCAACCGUUAAAAUACUAUAUGUGAAAAUAUUAGUCAUGUACUUAUAUGAAACUUUUAAUAAAUGGAAGAUUUAGAGUGUAA